CUUGAAGAGCUUUAAUGACGUCAAGAAGAUCCUUCUCAAGAUGAAUAUGGUUGUACUUGUGUUGGUGGGCCUCUUCAUUAGACUAUGCCUUAUCAUUUAUGGAGAAUGGCAGGAUAGAACCAUGACAGUGAAGUUUACUGACAUAGAUUACUUUGUAUUCAAUGAUGCUGCUUCUUACAUUACUCAGGGCAAGUCACCUUACCUGCGGGCUACCUAUAGAUACACUCCACUUCUCGCCUGGAUGUUACAGCCAAACAUCUGGUAUUCAUCUGUGUUUGGGAAGCUGUUGUUUAUCAUACUGGACGUUUACACCGGACAUCUCAUAUAUAGCAUCGUAAUCUCAUCCAAAAAUAUCACGCCAAAGACCGCAAAAUUAUGUGCUGCAUUUUGGUUAUUUAAUCCACUUUCAAUGACAGUGUCCAGUCGGGGAAAUGCAGAGUCGAUUAUGACGUGUCUAGUGCUUUUAUGUCUAAAAUUACUGCUUGAGCGUAAAGUUUUAUCAUCAGCCAUUGUUUAUUCUUUGGCAGUUCAUUUUAAAAUUUAUCCAGUAACUUAUGCUAUACCUAUCUACCUGUUUCUGAAUGACAGCAUGGUGGAAAAAGGGAAACAUUCUCUAUGGAAAACUUCCUAUAGUAUGAUCAAGCCAACUCAACAAAGGGUAGGGUUUGUGAUGGCAGCUGGGAUCACCUUAGCCAUGUUGACAGGUGUCUUUUAUUACAUGUAUGGCUGGGAGUUUUUACACCAUACCUACCUGUACCAUGUGACCAGGAAGGAUAUACGACACAACUUUUCUGUGUAUUUUUACAUGUUAUAUCAACAAUCCGGGGCAGAUAAAUCUGUUGUCAUAAGUCUAGUCUCAUUCAUACCUCAAGUACUUUUAUUGUUGGUGUUUUCUGUCAAAUUCUACGCAACUCCUGAGCUUGUUUUCUUCCUAAAUACCUUUGCGUUUGUUACUUUUAAUAAAGUCUGUACAUCACAGUAUUUUUUGUGGUAUCUCUGCUUACUGCCCUUGUUGUUCCCAUACCUGACAAAGAUAUCAUUGAGGAAAGCUGCUGUUCUUGUUAUUCUCUGGUUUACUGGACAGGGUAUUUGGCUGCUACCAGCUUACUAUCUGGAAUUCCAGGGCUACAACACAUUUCUCUACAUCUGGUUGGCCGGGCUCGUGUUCUUUGUAAUCAACUGCUAUAUCAUAUAUGAGAUUAUGGACAACUAUUCCAGCAAGCCUUAUGUGUUCAGGAAAUCGGCCCUCUCAGUUGGAAAUGGACAUACAGUUGAUAAGAAAUCUAAAGGGAAGAAAACAUCUGACGAGGUUUACAAGAGUACGUCCAACGAGAACUUCGCAAGGAAUACAAGAUCUCAAACGAAACGAAGGGUUAAGAAUUAAAGCUGAUGUGGUAUGUCUUCAAAAUAAUUGAUGGAGAAAUACGCAUGUCCAGGAUAAAGUUGAAUUGUUUCACAGUGUUCUUAUCAGUAUUAUAUUAUAUUUUUAAAGAGUAUAAAGCUAUAUAUCAGUU